AACGAGUUGUUGUCUUGUUGACAGUUGAACCCAUACAGACCGGAGAGGUUUCUUAAAUUGACUUAAAUAGCCAACAAGUGUGUUCCUAUUAUUAAUAUUAGUAUAUUAUACGUAGUUUGUCGGUAAGUGUACGAUAUUUGUCACAGGUCAACAAUAAAUGGACGUGAGUGUAUCUGUUACAGGUGUGAAUAUGUAUGGAGCUCCAGUGGAUUUAUCUUUUAAACAUAUCAGCAGUUUGGCAGACUGUUGGAAAGAGGAACCAAACAGCGGUCUGCGACCUAUAAAGAGAAAUUCAGAGAUGAAGUACUUAAGCCGGUCCCUGCGUCUGAAUAACAACAACAUCACUGACCUUUGUGACCUCCAGAGGCCUGUUAGUCACUUCCUGGCUGAGCCAUCACAGCUCGCCUGGCUGGACCUCGCGUUCAACAAAAUCUCACACAUAGAUGAAGUUUUGUGUGAGCUGCGUGAAUUGCGCGUGUUGUAUCUACACGGCAACAGCAUUUGUAUUUUGUCAGAGGUGGACAGGCUGGGAGUGCUACCACAUCUACACACCGUCACUCUGCAUGGAAAUGUCAUAGAAACCAACAAAGCUUACAGGAAUCGUGUGAUUUCUGCUUUGCCCCAGUUGAAGACAAUGGACUUCAGUGCUGUGACACACCAGGAGCGACUAUUGGCAAAAAUUUGGCAUCAUAAGGGAGGACGAAGCGGCAAGGAAACUCUCUAGUGACUGCUCCAUUGUGGUUUCACCCAGACGUUCUGUGCUCCACAUCCAGUGUAGGAAAACCUGAAAAAUACUAAACGUAUCAUCUGUGGUGAAGUCAGCACUGUUUAAUGCUUUAGCCCUCAUUUGGUUGAAAUAACAGGGAGGAAAAUUACAUACUGUAAAUUCAACAUUGUUGUGUGUCUACAUAUUUGAAUAUUGUUAUGGAUUAUUUUAUUAUAACAAAGUUGUGCACCAGUUAUUAAUGUUAAUGACCGUCUCUUUAGCAUUACUGAACCAAAUGAUUCACAGAUAUGAGACGGUUUAUGUUUUAUUCAGUAAGACACGAGUGGUUCUGUUGAAAAUUUUUAAUGAAUUAAUUAAACCAAAAACAAACAAAAAAAACUUAAAACUUUUUGGUACUAGCCUAAGAUAUAACAAACAUAUUUCAGGUAGUAUAACACAUUUGAGUAACAAACAAAAAAGAAAAAAAAAAUGCCAAGAACCCAUUGCAAAAAGCUCAAAUCAAUUGUGUGGUUGAAAUAAUCACAGCCUUGCAGAUCAUCCCUUUAGAGACUCAAGAGCGGCUCACCGUGCUCCCUGCCCACGCGAACAGUCUCGUGCUCUCCUCUGAAGAGCAAAUAUACAGUUUAAAAACACAAAUAAAUAAUCACAGCCCUAACCUCAGGGAUCAUUUUAUCUGCGGUGGUACAUAGAUUGUUAACGCUCACCCACACUGCUACAAUGGUUAGUUUCUGAUUAAUAUGAACAACUCAAUCAUAUUACAAUCUGCAGCGAAAAGCUUUGUUUAAAAGCUGACAAACGCAAGCCUUGAAAGUGUUCUUGCGUUUCAUAAAAACGUUCGUUAUCACCACAAGAUCUUAGCCAAUCUUGACCAAUGCGCUGUCUAUGAAAAGAGGAAUUUCAUACAAUCCAUCAUCAGUUUUUAUACUCAAUCAGAAAAUUCUGUACAAAGAAGGCAUCAAUACACAAUAUCCGUCCCUGGACCAUCCACCCACUCCCUUCAUCUCUGUAUCUGUCUCCAAGGCUAUUGAAUAUGUGAAGUUCUGGGAUUUGAUUUAGAGAGUUCAUUUUGUUAGUGCUAGAAAAUUGCAGAGGACACAUUACUGUCUGUAAACUGGAGAACUUGUGCCCCAAGAAAGCUUCAUCUUCUCCCACCCCCAGUGACAUAAGCAGGCUCACCUGGCACCCUUCUGCUUGUGUUUGCAUCCUCACCCACCAAAAGCCACCCACUAUGGACUGGUCACUCAUGAUUUGGCCUCAACUGGAACUGAUUACACACUGGACAACAAAUAACCGGCCAGACCCGUUUCACUGUCAGUUUUUAAACGUUACAGUGAAUUCAAUUUCGUAAAGUCAGGUUGGUUUAAUGGUUCAUGUUAAAGUUGUGGUAAGACGUGGUUCUUGGUGCAGGUUGCCACUAGAUCACUGUGGGAUGUUCAUAUCUUGCCAGCAUGCAACAGGACUGAAGUACAACCUUCUAAAUUAUAAUCACAUCUUUAACCUCAAAGAGGAAACAGUCUGUCUUUUUUACUUUUCCCUUUUUGCUGUCCAAGGAGAAAAACUGACUGAGGCAUGGGCAGAGUUAAGGACAUAUGAAGUGCAAAAUAUAAGCCAUGUUGCAAGUUUUUAAUCCAGGUAAAUGGCUAAAAUAUGGCACCCGUUCCAGGUGAGAUUAUAUCAAGUAUAAUGCCAGCUCUGUUCCAGGUGAAUACAAUGUACAUUCGUCUAUGCCUUUGGAGAACAGUCUGGUGUGUGGAGUUAUUCUUGCUUGCCUGAGUAUACAGGCUAAGGAAAAAAAAAA